AUGGAAAACGUGCUCGUGGUUUACAUCUGUCACUUGUGUCAGAAAGAAGUGUCUAAUUCACGCAACCUACGUGAUCACAUUUUAAGAAUCCACACUGGUAAUAUUGAGAAAUCUGUUGUACUGACCACAUUUCACAGUAACAAAUUCAUUUCGAAAAAGUUUAUAAAUAAUAAUCCGGAAGUCAAGUAUUCUCGUCGCGUUGAAUGCUCUGGUUGCCACGAACUUUUUGGUUGUAUUAAAGAACUGGGAACGCACUUUUUUAAUCAUAUUCUGCGCAAACGACCAAUUGAAGAAGGAACAAGUAGUAAUAGCAACAGUAAUAACUGCACCAACAAGAAGAUCUCUUUAAAUAAGGGUAAACAGGUCCACACAUUCGACUUCCAGCUUAUCUCAAACAUAAACAUACAGAACGGCCCAAAAUUCACUAUGGAAGAUAUGAAAAGUUUAUCUCCAAUGUACUCCUUUCGUUUUCAAGGAUCUUGUUAUCCAAUAAAUAAUGAUGCUGAUACAGUAAUUGCCAAUAACCAACAAGGAUCAACGGCUACUUUACCCGUUACCGCAAGUGAUCAAGAAAGAUGCUUGUUGCGUACCAUCCGGUACACUCUACAAGACUUUGUGUCCAAGUACAGGCGUAAAUCUCCUAUUAUUCCUUCUAAUCAUGAACGCACCUUCUUUUUCGACCGGGUUAUGCCGAUUAUCAAUUAUUUUGCAGAUAAUAGUGGCACCGUUCAUUUUGAAUGGGGUGAAAAGAUGAUAAUGAGCCUUCAAGCUGUAACUUUAUCAGUAGCCUUUGUAGCAAAAGUAGGCUUAAAGAGGAUAGUUUUGCAGAAAAAAAAAAGCACAGCCUUUUCAGAAAUCUCAAACCCGAAUUAUGCUGAUGGAAUUGAAUAUUUAACGACAACUGGUGUUGUAGAUGAAGAACGAAUUGUGGUCGAGUGUUCCUCUGGUGGCCAUGAAGAAAAUAUCCAACACACUUAUGACGAUAGCUUGAGGUUAACUAAAUCACUCACUGCCAUGCUUGUUCUGAAAGCGUAUAAACGACCCAAUGCAAGCUACAAACCAUUUUGCAAGCUCAAGACAAUCGGUAUUCAGUGUAUUAAAAGAACGUUGACACUUUUUAUAUACUAUUCAUGGAUGAAGAAAAGAAGCUGGUGGUUGAAGAAAAGAGAAGUGCAAAUGUACCGAUUUGUUUCGAUGAAAUAUUUGACUUUAUGCAAGUUUUUGAAUUGA